AUGAAUGAGUUAAACCAAAUGAUUGCAGAAUAUGAAAACUUUUUUAAAGAAAUAAAAUUAAGAAAAAAUCGAAAAGAAAUCCCAAUGAUUGAAUCCAAUAUUGUCUUUAUUGAUUCGGUUAAUUCAAAUACAAAAAACAACUUUAAAAACAAUACCGAAAACAAAAAAAAUGACGCCGUUGAAUAUCUCAAUAUAAAAACGUUUGAAAAUAAUGAAUAUAAUGUGUUUUUUAAUAGUAGUGGAUGGUAUGCCAAACAAGUGUCGCCCAUUACAAUGUAUCUUGACAGAAAAUACGAAACAUUUGAAGCGUUGUUUAUGAAUUUGUCAAAAAAAUUCGCAGAAACAUGGCAUAAAGAAUUGAGUAAAAAGUUAUUGGCUUUACCGAAUUUUUGAAAAGCUGGAUGACGAUAAAA